CCCAGAGAGGGGUAGGAAGGGCCCGACAGGGAAUUCAGUACAGGAUGUGCUGGGGGUAGGGCUGCAAGGCCCCCCCCCCAGGCAUUCCAGGGUGUCUGCCUACUUAGGUGCCUUAAGUGUUCCAUUGAGCUGGGAUACUUAAGCCAUCGAAAGCCUCCUGGGCCACACCCACCGUGUCUUUUCUCCUUGCCGGAUAUCUCACAACCAGUGGGUUGACCAGAUACCCCUGCUUUGUGACCCGCCCCACCCCCACCCCCGGCCUGGGUCAGGCUGCUUUCCCCCUAGUCUGGGUAGGGCUGGGCAGUAUGGAAAACUGCCACCCAGCAGCCUCCUUGAGGCUGACGUUGGAAACUAGCCCAGCCUCCGCUGGGGCACCGCGGGGUCCCAGCAGCGACGCCCUGCCCCCUUCCUUGCUCUGGUUGGCUGGUGGUUGGAGGAGCCGCCUCCUUUCUGUUCCCCCCGAGUUCCCUAGUGGCCUGGGUGCUUCAGCAUGGGCUUCUGGACGCAAGACCGCCACUCCUGGCAAGGCUCUGGGGCGGGAGGUUCAGGCGUUCUACGGUGCACGGCCGACCCGGGGGCUGAGGAGCCGGUGCCUCUAGGAGAGGCCACAACAGGCCCUUGGAUCUCGGCCUCCCCGGGGCUGCCAGGAAGGCAGGCCCUGGUGGAGGGAGACCAGAGGUCGGUGGUAGAGCAGCCCAGAGGACGGAGACGCCCCCAGGGAGAAGGGACAACGGGUGUCGCCUAGCUGGGGCCUGUGGCCACGGCGACGCGGCCUGUCGAGGGGAGAACCGGGCCCUGCGUUCCAGCAGGAAGCUGACCCGCCCCUUGCCGUGGAAGGCCGAGCCUUGCCCCGCGCCCAGCACUCCCUGGGUCAGCCUUCGGGGCCUGGUGGGCCGGCGGCCUGGCAGCGACGGAGCGCACAGCCGGAGACACGACAGGUCAGCGGUAUCCGGCACCGGCUCCUGCGGCUAGACCGCUUCGACAUUGCAGGGGCGGCGGCUGACGCUUCCGGCCAGUACCGGAAGUGCGCGGGGAACGGAUUCGCGCCCACGGUGCGCGAUGACGCACUUCCUGCCGGAGGCGGUCGCUGUCCUCGCGGUCUCCAGCAGGCGGCACUGCAGCUCCGGUGAGCGGCAGCCCCGGGGCACUGUGGGACCCGCAGCCUUGGCUCCGCCCUUUCCUCUUCGUCACCUCCGGGGUCGUGAGCCCACGGGGAGGAGCGUUGGCGAGGCAGCGCGUGCGCGCAAGGUACGCGUCCCGGCAGGCCUCGGGGUGGCCGUCGCGGCCUUCUGGGAGUGGUAGUUCCUCGGGCGCGGCGGCCGCGGUGCGCGGGCAGCCGGGAACUCGGUUUCCCAGAGCCCCGCGCGCGGGCGUGCGGGACCGCGUCCGGAGGCGGCGGCCGCGCGGGUGUGCCGGGCUCCCGCGAGUUCCCGGUCGGUACUCCUGCGCCGCGUGCGCUCCGCGCUCCUGCCAUUCUGCCGGGUCACCCGGCCCAACCAGCAGAGGCCGCCGUUCGGCCCGGCGGUCUUCCUUGGCCGCUUGGCCGGAUGCCGGCGCCGCCUCUUGGCCGCGUCACGCCCACCGGCGGAGCGGGUCCCGAGCCAGGCCGGUAGCCGCCGGGGCCCCGCCGCCUCGGUGGCCUCGCCGCGCCCCUUUUGCGACCCGCACUGUGGUCUGAUGGUCGGUUCUCUCCCAGCCCUCGCCCAGCCAGCGCCCGCGCACCCGAGCCGGAGCCCGCGCGCCUCCGCACCGGGGACCCGCACCGGCCCUCCGCUGGGCACAGGCACGCAGCGGGCCUCGGGGCUGGGGGCUUCGGGGACGCGCUUCUCGCCGCCGGAUCUGCAGGCGCGCCGCGUGCCGAACACGCUCUCGCGGCCGACUCCCGCCGCUUGGCGCCGGGGGCAGCCAGGCCGGGGAGCCAUGGCCGAGGCGGGGGCCGGCGAGCCGGCCCCGGGCGUGGAGGCGGAGCCGGCGACGGAGUAUGACACCCUGCCCUCCGACGCCGCCUCGCUCAGCGACUCGGACUCAGACCUCAGUGUGCCGGGCGCUGCCGAGGUGGAAGCGCCGUCCCCGGCGGACUCGGGCCCCGACGAGCCCGCCUCGGCCCCCGCGGGCCUCCCCAGCGCCGCCGCGCAGCCGUUCCUCCUCAGAGGCGUGAGCUCCACCUUCUCCCAGCGAAGCCACAGCAUCUUUGACUGUCUGGAGGGCGCAGCUAGGCGGAGGCCAACCUCUGCCGCCCAGACCAGCACGAGUGACAGUGGUGGUCUCAAGCAGCCUCUGGUGCCCCUGAGUCACCCGCCAGUGGCAGACCCUGACCCUCCGAAGGUGCCACCCGUGCCCGACUACGUGGCUCACCCUGAGCGCUGGACCAAGUACAGCCUGGAAGACGUGGCCGAGGCCAGUGAGCAAGGCAACCAGGCAGCCGCCCUGGCCUUCCUGGGCUCCCGGAACCCGGCAGCCCCGGCUGACUACACACCCUCCUUCAACCAGGAUCCGUCCAGCUGCGGGGAGGGAAGAGUCGUCUUUACCAAACCUGCCCGAGUUGGCGAGGCCAGACCCGAGAGGAAGAGGGCCCUCAAGAAGGGGGGUGUGCCAGGCAUUGGGGGCGAGGGCCCUGUGGAGCUGGCCCACCUGGUUGGGCUUGGGAGCCCAGAGGCCGAGGAGUGUGGUAGUGCCUUGGGGGUGCAGGAUUUGGGGACACCUUCAGAGCCUGUCCACCCCGGGUCCUCUCCAGGACCCCCCGGGUUGGAGACAGUUGGUUUCCACGGCACCAAGAAGCGGAGUCGAGAGCACCUCCGCAACAGGGGCAGCAGCCCAGAAGCCUUGGGGGCUGGGAUCCGAGGGGGACACUCUGACUGACCACACUGCCAUUGCCUGCCUGCCCACCCAGGCUGACUGCUGAGGGGGCCGGUAUCUGGGGCCGUGGUUGCUGGGGUGGAUGGGGACCACUCCUCUGGCAAGGAAGCCGGUUGGCUGCCUGGAAGAGGGGUCACAAACCCUGGCUCCCUGCCCGUGAGGGACAAUAAAGGUUUUGGUUGUUCUUCA